GGCCGAGGAGGAGUUCGUGUUAAUCCAAACAUCGAAGCAAUAACAUCCACAGCGAUUUGUCGACACCAAAUUCAUUAUAUCCCAUCGAUUUAAUUAACAGUAUGGCAGCUCAGAAGAUAAACGAAGCUCAUGAGCACAUGGCUAAAGCGGAAAAAUGCUUAAAGACAAGUUUUACAAAGUGGAAGCCUGACUAUGACAGUGCUGCAUCAGAAUACGCCAAAGCAGCCGUGUGCUUCAAGAAUGCUAAGCAGUAUGAGCAGGCAAAGGAUGCUUACCUGAAGGAAGCUGAAUAUCACACAGAAAACAAGACGCUCUUUCAUGCUGCAAAGGCUAUUGAACAGGCAGGUAUGAUGAUGAAGGAACAAAAGAAGAUGCCAGAGGCCAUCCAGUACAUAGAGAAAGCCUGUAUGAUGUACAUGGAGAAUGGGACUCCUGACACUGCUGCAAUGGCUCUGGACAGGGCUGGAAAACUGAUCGAGCCUAUAAACCUGGAGAAAGCUGUAGAUCUGUAUCAGAAGGCAGCUGGUGUGUUUGAGAAUGAGGACCGUCUGCGUCAGGCUGUUGAGCUACUGGGCAAAGCCUCCAGACUUCUGGUCAGGUUAAAAAGGUUGGACGAAGCAGCAGUGGCUCUGCAGAAAGAGAAGAACAUGUACAAAGAGAUUGAGAACUUCCCCAUGUGCUUCAAGAAAACAACUGCCCAAGUGCUGAUUCAUCUUCACAGAGGAGACUACGUAGCAGCUGAUAAAUGUGUCAGAGAAAGUUACAGUCUGCCUGGGUACAGUGGAAGCGAAGAUUGCGUUGCCAUGGAGACGCUACUGCAGGGCUACGACGAGCAGGACGAGGACCAAGUCUACCGCGUGUGUAACUCACCUUUACUGAAGUACAUGGACAAUGAUUACGCCAAGCUGGCCAUCUCCCUUAGGGUACCUGGAGGAGGAGGAAAGAAGAAGAAGGCUGCAGCUGCUCCACAGGGUGGCGCUAGUGGGGCGCCAGCUGCUGCUGAAGAGGACGAUGAGUAUGAGGGCGGGCUGUGUUAGCCUUCAGCCUCCAGAGUGCCGACUCUUCCCAUCUGCAGCUCCACCGCUACACCCUCUGUGUACGAGUUACAAACCUUGACAAACCCUCUCUGCUCUGAGGCCCAGACGGGCGACUGUUUUGACCUUUAUUGUGCAAAAAAUAAGAAGAAAAAAAGCAAAUUAAAAACCCCAACAGUUACAGUAGGUGUUGCAGAAGAGUCGAGUUUAAACACCAUUUUAAUUUGUGUUUCUUUGAGGUGGAUCCUCAUUCAAAUCAUUCUUCAGUGUUCACUAAUGUAUGAAAGCCUGUUGUAUGUAAAUGUUCUAUUAUUUCUUGGCUCUGUGAAGCUGUAAAUUUUGCUGUUAUUGUAUGUGGGUAGGUUACUAUAGCUAUAUUAAAAUCACAAAUACUAAAUAAAUAUGCCCAAUAAGUUCAUCAAUGUAUAGGUGUUUAUUUGUACUGAGUUUUAUUCAGGAUUCAUGGCUGCAGCCGUUUGAGAAUAUACUGGAACCAUAUGCAAUUAGUCUGUUAAUGCAUGUUUGGAAUAAUGAAAUGGUGAAUCAAUGCUAUGAUGAAUCUGUGAAUAUUAAUGUUUAAAAAUGACAGACACUACUGUCUUGAACAUCAGCUCUUAUUCAAGAAAAUUAAAGGAACUGUAAAACACAUGAUGACGCAGCUUAUAGUCAUUUGUAGACUGUUUUCAUUCGUCUACCUCGAGGUUUAUCCACCUUCAAAUAAACAAUUGUCAUGGCUGUGUCUUAAUUACAUCGUACAAUCCUCAAAUUAAAGGGACUAAAAUGUGAAAAAGGGACCAUGCAGUGAUGUUUUCAGUGCAUCUUGCCCACUGAUUUUCUCCUCAGUGCUGAAUUUGUGUAUUUGUCAUUUAGCUUAUUGGUCAUACUGUAAAUGUGAGAAGCCCUCUAUAAUCACAAGAUAAUUUAAAUUCCUAUUAAAAAUAUUCUGAUCUUUAAAAAGUAAUAAAGGGAUUGUUUACAUUUU